CUCUAUGUGAACUCUUCGUUGUAUUGGAAUAUACCCUGGAAUAUUUUUAUCGCAGUAACUCUCACAUGUUGUUUGGAGUAUUUUUGAUGCGAUGACAGCCUUGGUUCACGUUUAUUUCUGGAUAUUCGCGUUGUCGCCUCUCGUUAUACGGGGAUUUAAUGUGGAUACCACAUCGCCGGUGAUACACUCGGGUCCAACUGACAGCUUGUUCGGAUUCUCCGUCUCCGUACAUCAGACACAGGGAACGAGCUGGCUGCUAGUUGGAGCCCCGCAAGCACAAACUGAUCAACGUGAUGUGGUGCAAGGAGGGGCUGUGUAUAAAUGUCCCGCGUCGCCUGAUUCCAGCGUACAGUGCGAGCAGAUACCAUUUGGUGCUAAUGAAGGUGACUGGGGAUGGGAUCGAGUUGGAUUUUGUCAGGCUGGUAUCAGUGCUGAUAUAACACAUAAUAAGAAGCAUAUUGUGGUUGGUGCUAUCGGAAGUUAUUACAAUCAAGGUCAGGUAUAUGUCAAAGGUGUAUCAACAAAGUCGCUCUAUUCCACUCGAGAAGGCCCGCCCACGGACGAUAACAAUUAUCAAGCAUGUAAUGUUAUAAAAACCAUGAAGCAGAAAGCCAAAGUCUGUCUCUCUCCUCUUAUAGGUUAUUCAGUAGCAACUGGAGAAUUUAGUAAUGAUGAUAAUGAUGAAGAUUUUGUCGUUGGAGUACCUCGCAGUAAUGAUUUAAAAGGAAUGGUAAAAGUAUUUAAUUCUCAGCUACUACUCCUACAUGAAUUACUUGGUGAACAACUAGGAGCUUACUUCGGGUUUGCAGUAGCUGUUCAAGAUGUCAACAAUGACAGGAUUGAUGAUAUCAUUGUAGGUGCUCCAUUUUUUACUGACAAGGCUGGCACAGCUGAGAAAUGGGAAGCUGGUAGAGUUUACGUCUAUCUUCAAAAUCAUAAUAAUGAUUUUAGUGAUCCUUCAAUGCUGACUGGAGUUCAAAGCCGAGCAAGAUUUGGUUCAUCGCUUGGAACAUUACAUGACAUUAAUCAAGAUGGAUUCAAAGAUAUUGCAAUUGGAGCACCGUAUGGUGGAGAUGAUGAAAGAGGCGCUGUGUACAUCUACCAUGGUUCAUCUAAAGGACUUAAAAAAAAUCCAGCACAGAUUAUUAAAGCCUCUGAUAUCAGUAGUAAUUUGAGAACAUUUGGUUCUUCUUUGUCGGGAGGUUUAGAUAUGGACAAGAACCACUACACAGAUCUUCUUGUUGGUGCUUAUGAAUCAGAUCAGGUUAUCUUGUUGAGAUCCAAACCUGUGGUGAAUUUGGAUGUGAAUAUUCGAUUCAGUACAGAUUUCAUUGAUUUAGAGGAUAAGAAGUGUGCAGAUCAUGGUAUUCCUGUAGCAUGUUUUACUCUAACGACCUGCUUCAGUUACACCGGUAGGCAUGUUCCAUCUAGUAUAGAAGUUGAAUUUAUAAUAUCCUUGGAUACCUUGAAGUUUCACCCUAAGAGAGCUUACUUCCGAGAGACAGGUGCACAAGAUGAAAUGAUCACAUUAACCAUACACAAGAAAAAAAGGGAACUAUGUAAAGGAAACUUUGUGUUUCUAAAGUCUGAUAUCAAAGACAAGUACUCUGCUAUUGCUGUUGAUGUGAGUUAUAAACUUGUAGAAAAUGAAGAUCUUGUUUCCAUGAGUGAACUUCCCCCAGUUGUCAACAAACAGCUUACAUCAGUCAUUAGGAAACAGGCUCAUAUUCUCAAUGAUUGUGGGGACAGCAAAAUCUGUGUUCCAGAUUUGUCUCUCAAGGCAGAAAUGUCAUCUCCUAUAUAUAUUGGAAGUCAUGACUUAGUUAUAUUAGAAGUAACAGUUACAAAUAAUGGAGAUGAUGCAUUUGAAUCUCAAGUCACUAUCCAGUUACCACCAGGAUUUCAUUAUGUGAGAGUGCAAAAGAGAGAUUCUGACUACACAGUGGGUUGUAUGGAUAUUGACAAUGGUAUUGGAUUAGUCAUAUGUGACUGUGGGAAUCCCAUUAGUGCUGGACACAAGGUUAAGUUUGAUCUGACAUUAUCAACUAUUCAAUAUAAUAUUACCUAUAGUACGGAGGAGAUAUCUUUGAGUGCAAACAGUUCUAAUGCAGAGGAGAGCUCAACCUUAGGUGACAAUAAUAUAAUAGUCAUCAUACCAGUAAAGAUUAAUGCUGGUAUCUCAUUUACAGGAAAAUCUGUGCAGAAAACAGUUCUACAGGGACAAUGA